AUGUCACUGAAGGGGAAAACCGUUGCUGUUACUGGCGCCGCAUCUGGCAUCGCCCUUGCCGUCACAAAACUGCUCGCCGAAAGAGGGGCGAGACUGGCAUUGGCAGAUCUCCAAGAAGACGCCUUGAAAAAGGUUGUCAGUGAACUCCAGAGUCAAGGUGUUGAAGUGGUGGGAACGAAAGUGGAUGUUUCAAGUAGUGAUGCAGUGGACAACUGGAUUGCAUCAACGGUGAAACAGUUCGGCGGCCUGGAUGCCGCUGCAAACAUUGCGGGCAUCGAGCUUGGAUUUACCAAUAUUGCAGACUUGAAGAAUGAGACAUGGGACAAGAUGAUUGCCAUCAAUCUGACCGGUCUCAUGUAUUGCGAGGUCGGAGCUAAGGGCAUCAGGGUCAAUGCUAUCGCCCCGGGUCCCAUUGAAACACCCAUGCUCGACAGUUUACUCGCCGGAGCGCCCUCUUCUACUUCCAGUCAGACCACCAACACAUAUUCGAGUUUGCCGUUGCAGAGGAAAGGUCAAGCGCAGGAAGUUGCCAAUCUGAUUGUAUUCCUCCUGAGUGACGAAGCAUCCUUUAUAACGGGUGCCAUUGUGCCUGUAGAUGGCGGCGCUGCAGCAUGA